AUAAGAACGCCACGUCUACGAUCUCCUUGCCACACCCCUCACAAACCACAAACACAUCUCGCGGCGGCGGCGGCGGCAGAGACAGGCGGCGGCCGCCGAGCGGCGUGGGCAGCGUCAUCCAUGGUGCACGUGAACUUCUAUCGCAACUAUGGUAAGACUUUCAAGAAGCCAAGGCGGCCUUAUGAGAAGGAGCGCCUUGAUGCUGAGUUGAAAUUAGUGGGUGAAUAUGGCCUGAGGUGCAAGCGUGAGCUGUGGCGUGUGCAGUAUGCCCUCAGCCGCAUCCGAAAUGCUGCAAGGGAGCUGCUCACCCUUGAUGAGAAGAACCCCCGUCGUAUCUUUGAGGGCGAGGCACUCCUGCGCCGCAUGAACCGCUAUGGUCUUCUCGGUGAGGGCCAGAACAAGCUUGACUAUGUGCUUGCACUCACCGUUGAGAACUUUCUGCAGCGCCGCCUUCAGACCAUUGUCUUCAAGAAUGGCAUGGCGAAGUCCAUUCAUCAUGCUCGUGUGCUCAUCAGGCAACGCCACAUUAGAGUUGGGAGGCAACUUGUCAACAUUCCCUCAUUCAUGGUGAGAGUUGACUCAGAGAAGCACAUCGACUUCUCUCUUACCAGCCCACUUGGUGGUGGAGAACCUGGAAGGGUGAAGAGAAAGAACCAAAAGAAGGCUUCUGGUGGAGGCGGUGACGACGAAGAGGAAGAGUGAUCAUGUGAUGCUAGCUCCUUCGUUUUGUUAGGGACCUAAUUUUGUUACAUGAAAACAAAAAGUUGGCUGCCGAGGUUUCUGAAAAAUUGCAAUUUAAAAUUUUGAGAACUGUAAUUGCUAAGACUCUUCAUUGCCGAAGUUGUUUAUCCGAUGAACACAUGUUAAUUCAGUGAGCUUGCACUGCUGCUUACAUGAGAUCACUUUCUGUCAGGAAGAUAUUAGUGUGUACUCCGAUAUAUAGAUCUGGGAUAUGUUGUUUCGAAGUAUUUUA